AUGACUACAAUGACUGCUGCCAGCAUUCCGCAACAACGCUGGUUUUUCAGCAACGAUGGAGAUUGUACAACGGAAUUAAAUUAUACUAAUUUUACGGAACUACUUCGAUGUCCGUCAAAAGGAAAUUUUUUCCCGGAUUGUGAUACAAUUUUGGAAGUGAUUCUGCUUAGCGCUGAUUUAUUUAGUCAAAAGCCAAUCGAAUCGAAUAAAGCUUGCAUUUGCGAACAUCAUCUUGAAAAAUUUUCGAGUCAUAAAGACCCUGCACUUGUGAAAAAAUGCUCACUGUGUAUUUCGUUGCGUAAAAGUGGUGUGACCGCUACAAGUGUUGCUAAUUUACGCAAUGUCCGUAAAGUGGAAGCGUUUCUUUUAUUCGAAAAGCAUGGUAUGAAGAAUUCAUUUGGUGACAUCAUUUGUAAAUACUGCGUACAGGCAGUGAAAGGCGAGUUAGAAGAAGAAAGGAAAGAUGUAUCAACUGUAACCGACCGACAAAAGUAUUUGCAGUGGAUUAGAGAUCAGCGUAAGUCAAUAUCAUCGAAAAGAGAAGAUAGUGGUUCGGAAUACGGCGGUUCGCGACGUAGCUCACAUUCUUCUUUAGGUGAGAUUUCGAAAAAUCCAUCGGAGGAGAAGCGUGAUCUACUAAAUCUUCUUCUGGAGUUAUGCAAUAAUCCGGAUAAAGCAUGGAUCACACUAGAUUUCAAGAAAAUGGCACGCAAUAGUCAAUAUAAAUUUUUGGCAAAAACUAGAAGCAUCAUUGAAUCGAUAGUUUUUUUUUUAGCUCCGAAUAAUGCUGAAGAAGUUUUGGAUUCGCUCUGCAGUGGAAAUGAAAGUGAAAAUCCAGUAGUGUUGAAUGGAAAGUUUUUGUCCGUAAUGAAAGGAGUAACACAAGCGUAUCAAAAUGCUGACGACUGGCCUACGAGGCGUGCGAUGCUGAGCAUUGUUGCAUCGAAAAUAGGUUAUAAAGUCAUUCAAUCAUUUGUACCUGAUCUAACUAUGUGUCGGUUUAGUUCAGCACGUUUGCAUGCUGCUGUACAUAGAACUGGUGCAAUAGUACAACCACCUCCGAGACUGGUUAAUCGAUUUGAUGAUGCUCACGUGGAGCACUUUGGAGACUUCCUCACAUCAGAUCAUAUUUCUACUGAUUUGCCAUUUGGAGAGAAAUGUAUGAAGUUAGCCGAUGGAACGGAACUAUUCGUGCCAGAUACAAUACGCAAUAUCAUCCCUACACGCAUCAUCGAACAGUAUUAUGGAUAUUGUAAUGAAGUAAACCCUGGAUUUCCUCCUUUGGGUGUGUCAAGUCUGUAUGAAAUAAUCGAUGUGUGUAAAGCCUCAACAAGAAAGUCGUCGCAAGGUAUUGACUAUUACACAGCUGAUGCUGGCGAAGCUUUUGACAGUUUACAGAAAAUGAUCGAAAAUUUGAACCUCCUAUCUACCGAAGCUCAAAGAUUGAUCGAUAAUCUACGGCAAGGACGUCAAUAUCUGAAAAGUGAUUUCAAGCUACAUGUUUCUGAGUCGAGUGAUAUAGCAGAUCACUGUAUUUGUCAUGCUCUAUCCGAUCCAUCCGACAAGGCAUUUCGUUCUAAGUGCAAUUAUGAUCACAGUAAUACAUGCAAAGAUUGUCUUCUUUUAGCGAACUCGUUUAUAGAGAUAGAAGCAUUGCUAGUAGAAAAAGUGAUUGAUGACGAUGAGGCCAAACAUGCCGUUGCUAAAUUAAAGCUAUUGAAAGAACCAGUUGAUGCUUAUAAGUCUCAUCAAAUGCGUACGGUAAAUCAAGAUCGAGCUCGAGAAGAAGUUUUGGUACAACUGCCGAAGGAUAGUUUUUAUUAUUAUAUGGAUUGGGCAAUAAAGUUUUUGUCGGCAAAGUAUCUGGAAGCACAAUCUGAUUUCUUCGGUAAACGAGAUUUGAGCUGGCACACUAAUCGUUUGACUUCUGAGCAAAAUUAG